AUGGAAGCCCCUCUGGUAGCUGUAGUCACUGGCGCCAACCGUGGUAUCGGACUUGCCAUAUGUGCUGCACUAGCUCAGCAGUGUUCGGGUCCCUUGAUUCUGUACGCAGCGUCACGUUCCGGGGCUUCUAUCGAUUUAAGUGGCCUGACUAUUCCCCCAACCGUGUCAAUUCGCCCUGCCCAGCUGUCCCUUACGGACCAGACUAGUAUCUCCGCCCUCAGUACCAGGGUCAGAAACGAGAACAAGGCCUGCAACGUUCUCAUUAACAAUGCCGGGCUAUAUUAUUUCCAGGAGAACAUCACAGCCGCACAGUGCCAGGAAACUUUUGACGUGAACUAUCGCGGCACGCUCAAUGUUUGUCAAGCCUUCUUACCAAUUAUGUGUAAGGGUGGCCGCAUCGUCAAUGUCUCUUCUCAAUCUGGCCAGCUCAAAUACUUCCAUCCUCGCUUGCGGACGCGAUUUCUGAGCCCUGAUCUCAACCUCACUAAGCUGGAUGCUCUAGUUGAGGAGUACAUCCGCUCAGCCGACGAGCACACUGCAACGGCAUCGGACUGGCCCCCUCUUCCUUACUUCACUAGCAAGGCCGCUCUAAAUUCCGCCACACGAAUUUUGGCCCGCGAAAACCCUCGUCUGUUGAUUAACUGUUGCUGCCCUGGGUGGGUGGGCACGUCGUUGGGUGCGCAGGCGGGCCAGCCACCCAAAUCUGUUGAACAGGGAGCUAGGAUCCCGGUGCGACUGGGGAUUGGGGAAAUCGAACAAAUCAGUGGGCGGUACUGGGCGAAUGAUUCGGUGGCGAGUGCGGGCUAUGGGAAGGUUCAGGAUUGGUAG